AUUUUGAAUAAGUUAACAGUUUAGUGUUUACAAUUUACGGUUGUCAUUAUUAUUUAAAUACUUGUUACUUGUUGAUUGUAGUACACUAGUACCCCUAGGGCCUAGACAUUUAAUAAUUAGUUGUUAAAGAAUAUUGGUUUAUACUUAAUAGUAUUUCAGUCAAAAAUUUAAGUAUUGUCACAAAUUCUAAUUUCAAUGUUCAUUCUGUUUUUUUUUUCUAUCAAACGAAGUUGAUUAUUAAUUAACUAAACAGUCUAAACAAUUGUAUAUUAAACUUUUUGUUUACUUAUUAAGCAUUUCACCAUUAAUAUACUUAGCUUUGAUGGAUUGUGACUUAUUAAAAUACUUUUUGGUGAUAAUAAAUAAUGGUAUACUUGUAUAAUUAAAUUUCCAUGCUAUUUAGUUUUUAUUUUGAAUAGAAAUGAUGUUAAAAAUGAUUAUUGUAUCUAUUACAAAUUAUUUAAUUUAAAAAUAUAAUAAUAUUCAAAAUGAAAAAGGAGGGAAAUCAAUAUGUGCCAUUGCAUCAUUUUGAAAUAUUUUGCUAUACUGUUAUAUGGGCUUCAGGCAUACUUUAUGCUGCUUAUAAUUUAUUAGAUGUUAGCUCAAGUUUAAAGAAUUCAGAGGUACCUGACUUAGUACCUGGAUGGUCAUGGCUUGGUAGAAGAAAAGAUACUUGCCCAGAAUGGAGAAUAUGGACUACAUUUCUUAUAUACUCAUUAGGUCCAUGGGUUAUUUUACAUUCAUCAAUUUUAUUAAUAAUACAACAUUAUUUUUCAAAGAUAUCAACAAUUCGUGAUAUAUGGUUUAUUACUGUUACAAGCUUAUGUACUGCUUAUAAUUUUGGAUUAUUAUCAGUCUUAAUAUUUUUUGGCUUAACUUUGAUUUAUUACUGUUUAUUAUUAUUUGGUAAUCAAAUUUCUAUUUGGAUUACAAGCAUAUUACUAUUAGGAGUUUGGUCAUAUAAUGAUUCUUUAUUUACUAUUAUUGAUCCUAGUUCAGAUGGAGAGAUUGCAUAUUUAUUACUUUUGACGUUAUACUGGCAUCAACUACGUUGUAUAAGUUUUUCACUUGGUUCAUUGGAUAAAACUAAAAGUAAAAUUUUGCCAAAUUGUUUACACUUUUUAGCAUAUACAUUUUACUUACCGUGUUUUUUCUUUGGACCAAUAAUUAUUUACAAAAAAAUUAAUGAUACAACUACAAAUACUACCACAAAAUCAUUAUGUCAACGUUUAAGUAAACUCAUAAUAAAUUUGAUUAGAUACUUUUUCUGGAUGUUUUUUGUUGAGUUUAUAUUACAUUUUGUUUACAUUAAUAUGUUUUUACAAAAUAUUAAAGUAUUUAAACAUUUCGGAAUCUCAGCACUUGGUGGGUUUGGUUUUGGAAUGGGACAAUUUUUUUUUAUUAAGUACACAUUCAUCUAUGGUACUGUGAUUACAAUUGCAAAAUUUGAUGAAUAUUUUGAUCCACCCAAGCCACCAAAAUGCAUUUCACGGAUUUAUUUAUAUUCUGAUAUGUGGAGAAGUUUUGAUCGAGGACUUUACAACUUCUUAAAAGAGUAUAUAUAUAGACCAUCUGGAUAUGAUUCAGAAAAUGUUAGUCUUGGUACCAAAUUAACUAGGUCAUUUAUGUGUUUUGCAUUUAUUUUCAUUUGGCACGGAUUAUCAUGGGAAGUUUUCUUAUGGACUCUAUUCAACUUCAUAGGCAUUACAUUGGAAACCCUUGCAAGAGUUUUUGGAAAAACGCCUUACUAUUUACAUUAUGUUAAAUGCAAUCUAAGUGACCCUAAUGAAAGGAGGUUUUUAGCAUUUAUUACCAGUCCUUUAACAAUGUUGUCGGCCAUUUCAAACUUCUUUUUUUUUGGUGGUAUUGAUGCUGGAUUAAGUUUUUUUGAAGCAAUAUUUUUACUAAAUACAUGGAUUGAAAACAUUAUUAUUAUCAUAAUAUUUUAUUCAAUGUGUCAAGUAUCUAUAGAAUUCAACCAUUAUAAAAAAUCAAAACAACAAUAAAUUAUACAUACAUAAUAUCUCUUAAAUAAGGUACAUAUUUUAUUCAAUUAACACAAAGUAUUAAAUUUAAAAUAAAUAUUAAUUGGUACAAUUUUAUUUAUAUAAUAAAUGUACUAUUUAAUAUAGUUCCUAUAUUUUAUAUUGUAAUAUUGUAAAUGCAAUGGCCAAUGAUUUAAUAAAUUAG